CACAAAUCUUUCAUCCUCUCUCAAAUUAAUGGGGAAAUUGUCGCUUUCUCGGUCCGAAUUGCUCUUACUGCUGGUGGCUCCCGUUAAAAACAAUAUGAUUAUGUUUGGAGCCCUGCAACUCGUGACGUCACACGCACAUACUUCCGGUAAAGGCAGGGCUUUCCUAUUAUCAACCAAAAGUUGCGAACUGUAUCGUGGAUGUUCUCUACUAAAUCCUUUCGGCAAAAAUAUGGCAAUAUCGCGAAAUGAUCAAGUAUGACACAUAGAAUGGACCUGCUAUUCUUGUUUGAAUAAGAAAAUCUCAUUUCAGUAGGCCUUUAAUGUGAUUCAAGGAAUCUUAUUAUUGAAAUAUAUAUUUAUUUUAUAUUGACAUUUUAAUGUCUUUUUCAAAACACCUUUUUAAGUGUCAGACAAAGAAUAUCCCCACAUUGACAGUGAAGAAAUGAAUGAGAAUGCAAUUAAACAACUCCCCCACUAGAUAGAGCAACCUCACUCCUUCAUGCACUUGCACAUUUAGAAUGCAUGGAAAAGCACAUUUCCAACUCUCUGUUAAAGGCAGUGUCGCGGUGCGGCUACAGGUAUCCACCGCGUCUUGGAAUUGCUUGUACUGUCAUGUGAUGUCAUCCACUUGAAAACAUAUUCCCAGCAGUGCUUAUGUGACCAACAGACAAACCGUGUUCCAUCUUGUGCGGCCAAACCUUUUAAACCAAACGUCUGAUGUGACCUUGCCUCGCUGCCCCGCGAGCUGACAAGUAGUCCAUCAAAAGAUGAAUUACGUCUGAAUUGUGGAUUUCCUGGUAAUAAAGGCUGAGGCUAUAUAGACAGGACGGAGCCCAACUAGAAGAUUCAAAUGGAAUUUCUCUGUUUCCAGCUCAAUCUGAGCUCAAUUCAAGAACGAUGCCUACAGUGGAUCCUCCAAGGUGAUUCAAUGCGUGCAAAGAUGAGUGCGGAGACUCCCACUGGUGUCAUUUCACCUCAAAACACACGAUGGCCACAAUACCCAGUAAUAUGUUUGGAGGAGAAAAGGGGAGACGCGUGAUGUGGGCGCUUGGCGGGACGGCUGCGAGUGAGCACUCGAUGACGGUGUGAGUAUGGCACCACACACACUGGUGAUGCUUGUAUCCAAUGGUGUUGGUUGGAUUCAGUGUGUGUGUGUGUGUGUGUGUGUGUGUGUGUGUGUGUGUGUGCGUGUGUGUGUUUUUAAAAUAGAUCUUCCUAAAAAGAGCAGCACAAAGCGACAUGAGGCAGUGAAGAUUUUAAUUGCCGCCGACAAGCUGUUGAGUCAUCAAGCUGUUAUUCAAAUGGCGACUUAGCAAUGUAAAUAUGUCAGAUACAUAAUCAGCUGCCUGGCAUCAUUUCACAUGUCAGACUCUUUUCUUCCUCUUGCCUUUGAGUCUGCUGGGAUCUUUUCUGAAGUGUGACGAGAGUGUGAGAGGCAGGAAUAGAAAGAAAGAGGAAGUGAAGAUGAGCUUCAGAGUAGGCUGCUAUAUAUCUCCUUGCCUGAUGCCCUUAGUGUGUGUGUGUGUGUGUGUGUGUGUGUGUGUGUGUGUGUGUGUGUGUGUGUGUGUGUGUGUGUGUGUGUGUGUGUGUGUGUGUGUGUACGUGUUCCUGUAUUUUUACCCUUCUUGGGACAUCAACAAGGAAAAGUACCUUCCACAUAAAUCAUGGUCCCAAUACUGGAAUACCAUUGCAUCUAAUAGCGAAUGUCUCAUUUGCACCCCUGGUGGUGAAGUCUAUCAAAAUUAGGGUGGUACCAAAAAGGACCAGAGGAGGAGCUCCUCUGAGCGCGUCUGGUAUCCGUUUCUUGGGGGGGGGGGGGGCUAGUGCUACGGAGAUAGCACAGCUGCGCCCUACCAAGCCACAACCUCCAGCGAGGCCACCACCAGCAAUAUUUCGAACCGCCAAGCCGCAACCUCCUGCGCGGCCACCACCACCAGUCUUUCGACCCACCAAACCUCAACUUCCUGCGCGGCCAUCACCACCAGUCUUUCGGCCCCCCAAGCCGCAACCCACAGCCAGGCCACCUCCACCUGCACCACGGCUAGCUGCACCACAGCUAGCACCUGUCGCUAGUCCAAGACUAGCUCCAAGUCCAAGGCUAGCACCAAGUCCAAGUCUACAGUUAGCAUCAAGUCCGAGUCCACGGCUGGCAUCAAGUCCGAGUCCACGGCUGACAUCAAGUCCGAGUCCACGGCUAGCAUCAAGUCCGAGUCCACGGCUAGCAUCAAGUCCGAGUCCACGGGUAGCAUCUAGUCCGAGUCCACGGCUAGCAUCAAGUCCGAGUCCACGGCUAGCAUCAAGUCCAAGUCCAACGCGAGACCCAAGUCUGCUUUCCACACCAGCGCCUGAUCCAAGUCUGCUUUCCACACCAGCGCCUGAUCCAAGUCUGCUUUCCACACCAGCGCCUGAUCCAAGACUGGUUUCCACACCAGAACCAGAUCCAAGUCUGGUUUCCACACCAGCGCCUGAUCCAAGUCUGAUUUCCACACCAGCGCCCGAUGCAAGUCUGGUUUCCACACCAGCGCCUGAUCCAAGUCUGGUUUCUACACCAGCGCCUGAUCCAAGUCUGGUUUCCACACCAGCGCCUGAUUCAAGUCUGGUUUUCACAACAGCGCCUGACUCAAGUCUGGUUUCCACACCAGCACCUGAUCGUAGUCUGGUUUCCACACCAGCACCUGCUCAAAGUCUGGUUUCCACACCAGCGCCUGACUCAAGUCUGGUUUCCACACCACCGCCUGACUCAAGUCUGGUUUCCACACCAGCACCUGAUCCAAGUCUGGUUUUCACACCAGCACCUGAUCCAAGGCUGGUUCCCACACCAGCACCUGCUCCAAGGCUGGAUCCCGCACGAGCACCUGCUCCAAGGCUGGAUCCCACACCAGCACCUGCUCCAAGGCUGGAUCCCACACCAGCACCUGCUCCAAGGCUGGAACCCACACCAGCAUCUGCUCCAAGGCUGGAGCCCACACCAGCACCUGCUCCAAGGCUGGAGCCCAAACAUCUGCUUCCACGAAGACGACGCCGCCUCCAACUUCCACGGCGACGACGGGUCUGCCUCCUGCUUCCACGGCAACGACGGCCCCGCCUCCUGCUUCCACGGCGAUGACGGCUCCGUCUUCUGCUUCCACUACGACGACAACCCCGCUUUCUGUUUCCACGACGACGUCUCAGCAACUUCGAGCUGGCCUGCUGCGCAAGCAGCAACCAGGGGCCUGCAAGCGGCCCUUUCAGAGGUCAGCGAAUGGACGCCAGUGGCGCAAACAGCAGCGACACCGUAGUCUUUGCCUUAGAACUCUACGGCUGCUCAACUUCUGGCGCCACUCUCGCCCACCUUCUCAACAGCCACCAAUUGCGGCAGCGGCGUUCCAUUCACCGCCGCCACCUGACUUGUCCCCGGUGGAUUCGGGGACACAUGGCCUGGCGACCCUCCGCCAUGUCUUCCCUCCGCCCUCCCUUGACUCAUGAGCUGUCGUAUAGUUAGGGGGUUUAAAGUUAUUUUCAGGGGUUACUGGAAUCUGUCCCUUAAGGGGGGGCUCCUGUUAUGAUCCGCUGACCGGAUCAUAUUAUGAUUUAGAUUUUUGAGUCUGUUUUGUGUUUACUGUUAGUUUUGGACUCCUUUGGUUAUUGUUUGUGCACCCGUUAGUUAGUUUCGUCACCAUAGUAACUGAUUAUUUCCACCUGCCACUGGUUCCAGACGCACACCUGUUUUAGUAAUUACUGUCUUGAUUUAAGCCUGCCUCCUUCGUUCAUUCUAUCUGGCUUCAUAGUUUGUAUUUCACACAGUGAGUAAUGACUUUUGUUCCCCAGUUCUGGACUUGCUUGCUUCAGCGCUAGGCCUUGUUAUUCCUCUAGCUCCCAUGCUAGCUCUUUUGUUUUAUCUUUUGUGCUAUGAGUAAGUUUUUCUUUUUAAUAGUCUGUUUUAUUCUUAAAUAAAUCAUUUACUCUUACCUUCA